AUGACGACGACACCGCAAGCGCUAUUGACGGUGGGCCUUGCUGUUAAAAACUAUGUCGGGACCGAGGUCACCGAGAAGACAGUGAAGGAGGAGUGGGACAAGUUUAACCUGAUGUGCAUCAACUUGCCCAAGGACAAGUCCUCAAAGCGCUUAAACGUCCUGAUCGUCUGUGCGACAGCAUACGGCUACCAUUUACGGCUCAAGUUCGCUGGCCCGCAUUCGAAGUCGGUUGUUUAUGCCAGUAGCGCCUCGUCGGGUGAUGACAUCAUCAACGAAAUCAUUUUACUGAAUCUAUCUACGCCAGACCUCCGUGCCGAGUUUUUUGGACUUCAAGAUGACAGCGAUCUCAAAGCGGUGUUGGAGAGCAUGAUUGCUAAGGUUCAGGAGCGCUUUAUCACGACUAGGGCCCAAUAA